CUCCCCGCCAUCUCCUGAUUGGGCCUCGCAGGCCUCCGUCGCCGGCCGGUCGUUCGCUAUCCCGACGUCCUCCGCGGCGCGCCGUUGCUGAGCAACCCGCUGGGGAGCCGGGAAAUCUCAAAAUCAGGGCGGCCUAGUUCGCCGUUCUGCCGCCGCCGCCGCCAUGGGGCCUGGGAAGGCAGCGGUGCCUCUCACGCCUCGGCCGCCUCGGCCGUGCCCCAGCGCAGCCAGGCCCUCCCAGACCCAGCUCCAGUUCAGCUGGAACACUCCUGCGCUGCCGGAGAACUUGGCCGCCCGCUUCACCAACCCUAGUCCCAUUGUCAUCGAGAAGCUGAAGCAGCCGGUGGGUAACAAUCAGCAGGAUCUCGGUGCUGGAGACAGCCUCGGCUUGAGGGAUUCCAUUGGGUUUUCGGUGGUCUCUGAAGAGAAGCUCAACUGGGCCGUGCAGCUGGCCAAGAGGGACAUGAAGCGGAGGCACCUGGAAGAGCAAGUGAGGGAGUGUCUGGAGCCCCCAAGGUAUCCGGGGCAGGGCAGGCACCGUGGCAGGAAGGGGUUUGGCAGUCUUGCCGGAUCGAAGGCAUCCGAGCCCCACCUGAAACACGAGCACCCACUUGGCAAUGCUUCUAAGGCGGAGACCACUGGCUCGGGAGCGAAAGUCUACCUCUAUGCACCGAAUCGUGCCAGGUUGGACCCUUCGCUGCCCGAUUCGCCGCCCACCCGUGAUCCAGGACUAGGACCCCAACCAGCCACCCUGGAGGUCAGGCGGCUGCAGAAGGAGCUGCAGAACUAUGUUCAGAAAAUCGAGGAGCUGGCCAAAAAUGAGAGAAGCGAGGAAAUUCUGGAUCCUGACCAAGAGCGCCGGGUCCGUGUUCGGAGGCAGGAGCAGGCCGUGCGCUCUGCCCGGAUGCUGUAUGUGCUCCAGCAUCAGGUAAGAGAAAUCCAGGAGGAUCUGGACAGGCUGAGUCCUAAUAAGAUCAAGCACACAAAGAAGUCACGAGCCGUGGCCAGGCUGGCAGCAGCCCACCGAGGAGCCAUCCGGGCCCUGCAGACCUUUGCCGCCCGCUUUGCCAACCAGUCGGAGCAGCAGCUGGCCACCGCCCAGUGCAAGGAACUGGGCAACCUCAUCAGGCAGCUCUCCCUCUGCUCUGCCCGCCUCGAGAUGGACUCCUCCGUUCCCGAUGUGGUCAUAGACCUCCUGCUGCAAAUCGAGGACCUGGAUUCGUUGCUGGCCCAGAGGGAGCCGCCCAAGAAGGAGAAGAAAACCCCCACCCUGCCCCAGGCGGAAUCUCUAAUGGGCGGCGACCGGGGGCCAAGGAGGGAGAAGAAAGUUCAUGUUCCGGAGCCUCGGCAUCCGUCUGUGGCCAGGCGGCUCCUGCCAGAUGAACCUCGGGAAUCCAAAGCACCCGCUCUACACAGCAGAAGCAGUCACCCCGAUGCGACAGUCCAGGCGGAUGUGCCCGUCCCAGAACGAGAGGCCAGUUUGCAAGCCCAGCAGGAUGUUUGGGCGAGACCCGGGCCCGUGAAGACGCAGCCUGGCCUCAAAGGCGGCCCCCCGAGGAAGAAAGGAGUGCUGUCCACCAGGCCGCAGGGAUGCUGCUGGCUUCCGAGGACCAAAACUGCCCAGCCCCAAGCCAAGCAGGCCCGGUUCCAGGAGCCCACCAUGGCGUUCCGGCUGAAGGAAACGAAGCCACACGUCCGAGAGAGCAGGACCCCUUGGGUGCCUCCGAGCCACACCUCUCCCCUUGCCUCCCCUCCUCGGAUUCCUUGCAGGGAGGUGGACAGAAGUCCCAGAAGCAGAGAGGCCUCUCCGGAGAGCGAGCAAGCGGGAGAAGGAAGGUCCAGAGACCCGGGGAAAGCAGCCCUCAGGCCUGAUGGCACAUCUCCAUCCCAGAUAGCAGAGAAGAUCGAGAGAGCCGUCCGGGAGCAUCUGGAGCCCCUUUUGGUGAAAGCUCAGAAGGUGAAUCUCGCCUUGGAAAGCAACGUUGGGUUGAGUGACAACCAGCUGCCGACCCAGGAAGUUCGGAAGGCUGCUGCUGGCGUCUCAGGCCGUGGUUUGGAGACCUUCGUCCUGGAGCAGCGCAAGAAGGCACAGCACGAAAUUUCCUCUGCAUUCAGCACCUCUGAUCUGGAGACCAUGCUCCAAAGGAUGGAGGAAAUUGAGCGCUCUCAAGAGGCUGUACGCAGGCGAUACAACCAGAUUGUCUAUUCCGACCCGGAGUUCUGGGCCCAGGAGGAGAGGGGUGAGAGAGAGAGAACAGCAAGAGGCCAGGAGCCUUUAGCUCCUCAUCCCAUCCAGAUAACGAAACCAAACCGUUGGAAGGAGCCCCAAGUAGACAUUGUCCUGGAAAAGCCCUUGGAUGCCAACGCUGUUGACAAGGACCUGGAGACGGAGGAGCAACAGGAGCCCAGAAAUCGGCUGCCAGCGGCCUCGGCUUGGCCUCUCCCCCGCCACAAGGAGCCCAGUGCCUUCCUCUCGCUGCCCAAGAACACCCUCCAGAACAUCCACGAUUACAGUGCCCGAUACGAGCAGCAUCUCCGGCGCAUUUCUCACGAGGAGGUGGGGAGCUUCAAUCCGUGGCAGAUCGCUCAGAGCCUGGCAGAGGAGCUGAUUGAAGAAGCCUUGGGGGACGUGGCAGCUGAGCUCCAGGACCUGUGCGAGGAUUACGCAGAAGCCAUCUUCACCUCGGAGUUCUUGCAGGCAGCUGAGUAAAGGGGUCUCUUCCUCCUCCUCCUCCUCUCGUGCCAUCUCUUUGCAGCAGCGGAAGCAGCCUUGGGCCCAGCCCCACAACAGACGACUUGGCUCAGGGUGUGUUGGGACUUCCCACGGGCAGCGUCUAGGGGGUCGGGGCUCGGAAACCCCUGUGCCGCUCUCUGCGUGCCUUGUCGAGAAGGGGUGCGGGUCUGCCGGGAGCAGCGUCUGGAGGAUUCCUCCCCAUGCCAAAGCCAGCCGUCUUGAGCGGUGCCUCUGGUAGCACCUGCCCUCCUCCGGUUCCUGGCCGCUUCACCACAUCUGGGCACGCCCUCGGGUUGGCCGUCCUCUUCAAUCCUGGAGCGGCACACACGGUCUAGUCAGGGCAAGCCGAGGGCCUUUGGCACCCUUAUCCAUUUUGCGGACUCUGCGGAUAAAUCCGUGUUGAUCCGCCCUUUGUGGGCUCCUCAUACGGAGGAAGAUCUUCCGCAGAUCUUCCACCACAGAAUGCCGUGCUACUGUGCCAAAGCAUGGCCCAGCUGGCAGCCUCGGACGGCAAAGCGGUUGCCCACAGUCCAGGCGGGGGGCGUGUGACUACGCGGCUCUCGAGGACUCCGGUUCACGGGUGAGUCAACGCUGGCACGCACACCUCAUCAGCUCUGUGUCAGUGGGGCCCACAAACGGUUUGCAUAUCGGACUCCCUACCAGCAUCCUCCUCCUAUUCCUGCUCCGGGGCGGGAAUAUGACUCUGAGUGGCACAGUCACCGCCAGGAAUCCGGGCGGCCGCGACCACAGUGAGGGGAGCUCAGGUCGACACAUGGGUUUUCUGAUUCCGUUUCGUUUUUGAAAUAAAAGCUCUGUUUUUGCCGUG